UGGGAAUUGGCUAUUGAAAGCGGAUGAACCCCUUUAAACACUGACACGUAUGCCUGUCAAAUUUAUCAUAAAACUCACAAUGGACGACGGCUGGUUCUGGAGACGGUUGACAAGAAUGAAAGAGCGAACUUGCACAAUGAGCCGUCACUCAAUUUCAAUCCAGGACGGAGAUAUUUAUGGCUCGUGUAUCUGUACACAUUUAUAGCGAAGUUUAAACAUUAAUUUUUGGUAGUCACAAUUUUCAUACCCAGGAUCAAUAACCUCUAUCUACAUCCAGGUAUGUCCGAGGACACUAUAGCAUUAAUUAAACAUUGGUUUAUCAAGUGGGCCACAACACACCGUGCUGUCGCAGUGGUAUAUUUCGGUUCGAGCGCACGAGACGAUGCAACGUUGACCUCCGAUAUCGAUCUGUGCAUAGUGCGAAGUUCUGCCUUUGCAAUUGCUUAUGAAUGACUUAACUAAACAUGUCCCUGGGAGUCUGGUCAUCGUAAGCGAGGACGAUAUACUCUUGGCUAUGCUGAAAGUUAAAUCUGCAGACAGUAUAGGAGGAUAUGAAGUGGUUCGUGUAGAUCCGUCAGUGAUUGAAGAUCUAAAUUUUGUUCAGAAAUGCAUUAUCGGAUCUGAUUUGGGCGUGAAAGAUCUCAAUCGGUCGCUCAUGUAUGUCGACCAAACAUCAGCAUUGGGGCUACAGAUUGAGCAGUGGUUGAAGCGCACACUACAGAAGCCUCUGGUAUAUUCAUGUGUAAAAGAAGUGCGAGCCAAUGUCGUGAAGUUCCUGGAAGUAUUCGAGAUAUGUGCCCACAAGCGUAUGGAGCAGGACAGCUUUCAAUGCGGUUUCGAGAUGUGGAUCGCUUACACUGCUCUUGUGAAACUAGAGUAUAUCCGCCGGGAUGGCCGGCAUUUCCUCUAUCUACCAAAGAUGGUAUUUGCAGCGUUUCCGGAUGAUGUACGUUUGGUAAUCAAUCAGCUCGAGCCAACUGGAGAUGCUGACAUGGUUGGCCGCUUACUUGAAGCAUAUCUGAAUCAGUUUGUGAUGACAUACAGUGUACUGUUACGGGAGCCAGCGAUACGUACUGUUGUCCAAGAUACUGAGAUUAAUGUUGAGGAUAGGUUCCCUGAACUGUCAACCAUCGUAGAUAUCAUCACACCCUUGAUAGAGAGAGUCCCGCCAGUUGAACAGCAGAGCGCAGAUGUAUAGAUUAGGUGUAACUUUAUCCGUUGUACAGACACAAUCUAUAUAUAUAUUGAUACAGUAAGCUCGGUGUAUUUUCUGUGUCGAAUAGAUUCAAACUACAUAUAACAUAUACUAUUUUAUUAUUGAAGCGAGAGGACGAUUAUCAAUCGUUGCAUGAUGUAUAUGUGCGAUUUGAGACCCAAACUAUCACGAUAAAGCAGAUGCGUUUUAUCAUUGAACAGAUUCAAUCUCUGUAUGAAUAUGUAAAAUAGGGCCGACCCACGUUC